AGGCAUCUCGACUCAGCUACUACCACCGGGCGAGCGAAGUUCCAUUGAUGCCGCUGACCGUGGGCCAGGUGAUUGACAGGGCGGCCGACACCAAGGGAGACACCAUGGCCGUGGUGUCCUGUCACCAAGGGAUCUCCAAAACAUACACGCAGUUCAAGCGUGACGUCGAUCACCUAGCAGCCGCACUGGUCUCCCUCGGGCUACCUCCGGGAGCCAUGAUUGGCAUCGUGGCGUCUAACAUGUACGAGUGGCCAGUCGUGCAGUUCGCAGCGGCCAAGGCUGGCCUCGUCCUCGUAAACGUCAACACCUUGUAUCAGGUCCAGGAAUUGGAGUACUGCCUAAAGCUUGUGGAAUGCGAAGCGCUGAUCAUCUCGGAGAAGUUCGCCCGCCAGGAGUAUUACGACAUGAUGCUGCAGAUUACACCUGAGCUCGAGCGAUGCAAGCCAGGUGAACUCAAGUGUGCGAGGCUUCCACGCUUGAAGCACGUUAUACUGCUCGGAGACGAAGCAAAGCCGGGUACGCUGAGAUACGACGACCUUCUGGCGCAAACAACCAGAAAAGAUUAUGCUGCCGCUGAAAAGAUAGCAUCCCAGAUUGGUUUCGACGCACCUGUUAACGUGCAAUUUACUUCCGGUACCACAGGGAAACCUAAAGGUGCACUGCUUUCUCACUUCAAUGUAGUCAACAAUGCCAACUCGAUGGGACGUGGUUUGGGAUUCCACGAACAGCACGAGAUCAUCUGCCUGAACGUUCCCAUGAUCCACUGCUUCGGUUGCGUCAUCGGCACCAUGGCGGCAGUUGUGUUCGGCUCCACCGUCGUGAUGCCAUCUCCCGUGUUCAACGCCUUUGCCGGCCUACAAGCCGUCACGGAUCACAGGUGCACGGUGCUAUACGGAACGCCGACUAUGUACAUCGAAAUAAUGAAGCAUCUAAGUUCAGAUUACGACGUUUCGUCCCUUCGCAAAGGUGCCAUGGGUGGCUCCCCAUGCCCUCCAGAAGUGAUCAAGAAUUCCAUUGAGCGACUGAACACCAAGACAGUUCACAUAGCUUACGGCGCGACAGAAUGCAGUCCUGUCAUUACGACCGCUACUUUCGACGCGUCAUAUGACAAAUGGGUUAACUCUGUCGGAAAGGCGCUAGACCACGUUGAGGUGAAAGUUGUGGACAGCGAGAACAACAUCGUCCCAGUUGGUACACCGGGAGAGCUGUGUGCUCGCGGUUACCUCGUCUUCCUCGGGUACCAAAACGAUCCCGUUAUGACCGAGGAGGUCGUGCGCGACAAGUGGUAUCACACUGGAGACGAAGCGAUCAUGACUGAAGACGGCCACGUGAUCAUCAGUGGCCGCAUCAGCGACAUGAUCUGUCGUGGUGGCGAAAACAUCUACCCGCUCGAAGUGGAGGAGUUCCUCUACACGCAUCCGGACGUCGAAGAAGUUCAGGUUGUGGGCGUACCCGACAAGAAGUUUGGCGAAGAAAUCUGCGCCUGGGUUGUCGUGAAAGCAGGGAGGGACCUGAGUGAGAGGGAUCUCAAGAUGUUCUGCGAUGGUCAGAUCAGCCGCUUCAAGACACCAAAGUACGUUUUCUUUGUCGACUCUUUCCCGAAGACUGUUUCCGGAAAGAUUCAGAAGUUCAAGAUAAGGGAAGAAAGCCGGAAAAAGCUAAACCUCUGAGCUUCUCAUGUGGAUAUAUGUUUUUCGUAUAAUUUAAAAUAAAUUCCUGACU